GCCCCGCUUGCUGCGGCUGGAAGAAGCGGCAGAAGCUGUCAGGCUGCGGGUUGGGCGGCUCCGGGUCCCCGCUCCGGCUCGCCUUCGCCCCCGCCGCCCCGUCCUUCGGCGUGCGAGGAGGAGAAAUCGGCGCAGCGGAGAGCGGCCCCCAGCCCGAGGCGAGACAUGUGGGCGCUGCGCGUGUGCUGGGUGCUGCUGGGCACCGUGGGCGCCGGUUCUGCCCAGUUGAUGUUCCAGAAUGUUACUUCUGUAAAAAUGGACUCUUGCAAUCAAACUGUUCUCAUACCUUGUAAGAUAAUUAAUCUAAAGCUGAAUGAUACUAAACAGAUGUUUUUGAAGUGGAAGGUACAAGGGAACUUUUUUUUUUCUUAUGAUGGUUCUGAAGAAACUUUUUUCAGAAACAGUAGUUUUCAGUCUGCAAAUGUGAGCCUGCCAGAGCUUCGUUAUGGCAAUGCUUCUGUUUCACUAUCAAAAUUGGAAGCAGUUCCAGGAAACUACACUUGUGAAGUAGCGGAAUCUAAUAGAGAAGGAAAAAUUAUAGUUGAACUUGUAUACAACUCAGAAUGGACUCUGCAGCACAGUCUCAUCAUUGCCAGCAUGAUAGUGGCUGCUUUUCUAUACUGGGCCCAGUUAGGUGCUGUUGCGAUUAAGUUUGAUGUGACAUUUAGUAAGAAGAUUGGAUUGAGUAUUCCAGGAAUAAUAGUCACAGGUUUUGCUGUGAUUGGUAGCAUACUUUUUGCUUCAGAUGCAUAUGGAGCAUCAAUUCUAGUUGGUCUUGGCUUGAUUGUAAUUCCUGCCAUCAUUUUAGUGCCCCUUCUCUACUUUCUGUUUACAUCAGUUUUUGAGAAACAACCACUCUUUGCAAUUAUUCUGGUAGCUCUGAAAGCACUUGGAUAUUUAAUUGCUUUGGUUGGAUUUGCCUUGUCUGACUCAGCAUGCCUUCCAAAACAGGGUUCUGUCGUCAUUGCAGGCUUAGUGAUUAUUGAUAUUGUAGCAGCAAUUGGCUUAAUUUAUAUUUUAGUUAUUGGUUGCAACUUGAAAGAUCAUCAGCCUCCAAGGAAAGCUGUCGAAGAAUCACUUAAUGAUGCAAAAGGAGUUAUGUUAGAAUGAUGUUUCCGAAAUGAGAUAGCUGAACCUGAUAUGGACAUGGAAACAAGUGAAGAGAGACUUUUGUUGAUACACCGUGGCCUUGAUGAUGCACUACUCAAAGAAAAAUAAAAUCAGGAAAUUACUUGUCUUGCAUGCAUGGAAAAGUGCUGUAAUGACUUUACAUGAUGUACCUUUAUAGUCACAGCAGUAGUAGAUUUCAAGAGAAGUGAGUGUAUGCACGUGAGGUUUUUCUCUUUGGGGGUGGAUGAAUGCAAGGAUUCAAAGGACUCUUUUUACCCACUGUAAUGUGUCUCUUUAGUGCUGCACUUCUCAGAACAAUGUUGAACUGCCGCUUUGCAUAAAGACCAAACUUUAUGAGGACCACUUUCAGACAUCACAGUGCUGGCACACUGCCUGCCCUCCACACUGGCCGGUCUUUGGCUACAAUACAGAGCUACUUCCAGAGAGUUCAUCAUAUGUCGCACAGCAGUGGUGCUGAAGGUGGGAAGAGCGGCAUUGCUUAUGGGUCAUCUGUUUCCAUUUUUACCCCAGUUAACUGUGUGGGACCAAUUUGCUUGUUUGCUCACUUACAUUAGGGAAAUAUUUCUUUCCAGGUAGCCUGAAUAUUGGCCAAUAUCAGCCCAGUGUGCAGAACAGGUUAAGCCAAGCCAGCACUGGUAUGUUUGAAAGUUAUCUCAAGGUCACAGAACAGACUUCUGUGGAACCACUUAAAUCUUUGUACUGCAUGAUAAAUGAUACUAUUUUCUUUCUUGGUUUAACUCACUCUUCUCUAAACCAACUCCAAACCCAACCGACCUUUUGACAUUUUCUACGACAAAAUACAGAAACAACAAUAGAGUAAGGGAACGCUUUGUAUAAGUUUUAUUCAUGCUAUAUGGUGUGAAUAUGUGUGGAUGUGGUACAGGGUGAACAAAUAUUGUUCCUGGAAUGACAUUUUUUAAAUAGAUACAGUAAUUAGCCUUUUUUCUAAAGAAGAGUGUGAUUCCCAACUCUUUCAGAUGAUCACAAAAGCCCAUCCACCCAUUUGCUGUUAAUAUUUCUGCUGUAUAUACUGUAAUUCUUUGUGAGCUUUGGUGAUCAGUACUGUAGUCCAAGUAACUUUCUCUUUUCCUGUUAUUUAAUUAAAAUCCUCUUUAAAAACAAGGGCCAAGUUCAGCUUUAGUGGCACAAAUCCCAAUUUCUACACUGCUGAAUGUAGUCCUUUAAAUGUUCAUAAAGCUGAGAAUCAGCUCAUAAUGGUUCUGCUGAUUAAAUCAUGUUUCUUUUCCAUCUCCUGCACCCUGUAGUUACCAGAACCAGAAACAAGCUGAUAUUUUCUAAAUAAUAGGUUGCUAGCAUUACAGAUUAGGUCACAAAUUCUUCAACUGAAAUGCUCAAUUCAAGAUCUUUCUUUUCAGUGCAGUAUUUAUACAAGAGGCUCCAAGGAACUGAAUACCUGUGGCUGUCUGGUUCUUUGUGGCUUCUAUGACUCACACAUAUGGGUUUAUGUACCUGUGCAAAAUAGCAUUUGCAACGUUCAAAGUUAAACAGAUUUUUUUUGGCAGGAGCUCCUCUGCACACACUCCAAGGUCUGCAUCCCCCUGCCUCUCAGUUCCCUCUUUUCUACCGCAGUGAUGAGCAGCAUUUUGGAAUGUUAUUCUUCAUGGUAUAAAGCAUACCCUUUCUCUAUAUUAUCUUCUCGCUAGAAGCAAAAAAGUAGUAGUAGUAGUAGUGAUGGUGGUGGUGUUGGAGGAGGAGGAGGAGAGUUCUUGCCUCUCUCUCCUGGCUUUACCUCAUCAAACAGACAAAAUGGUGCUCAAAACCCUUUUCCACAAGUGGAUGGCAUGUGGCAGUAAACUUCCUCCUACAGACAGCCAUUCUCUUUGCCUUUUCUGUUUGGGAGAAUCUCAUGUUGUUGACUCCUGGUACCAUUGCCAGGCUUUCACUAAGCAGGCAAGGAAACAUUACGCAGACUGUCUAAAGGUUGAAUUAUGGAGUGGCCUCUCCACCUUGUCAAUUCAAAGCAUGUAUCGAGUUUGAGAGAAGGAUGCCAAAUUUCUCUUUUAACAUCAACCUACUUCUAUUAUUGUUGAGUCUUCUCAGAGCCACUCCAGGCCACUUCUACUCUUCUGUUGUUCUUUCCAUAAAGAUUGCGAAUUGCCAAGCAACCAUGGCUAGAUAUCCGCUCAUUUAUGGGAUAGAAUAGCAUCCCUUUGCUCUUCUCUCCCCAAAAGUGCCCAGGAUUUGACUAACAAAAUUUAAAACUAGGCCACCCACCUGACCAGGUAGGAAAUCCAUACUGUACAACAUGAAGUGGAAUGCGGAGCUUGAAAUAUGGCAGGAGCAAUAGGUCUUCUCCACUUCACUUGGACUCAAUCCUCUGGCCUCUCUGAUGAAGCAAAAACAAGGAUUGAGGAUAUGCUAUUGAAGGGACAGGUCUUUCAUGAGGCCACUGAUGAUCGCAUGGACUCGGUCCAGAAGACGAGAAGUACUGCCAACCCAUGUGUCUCCAUCAGACAUCACCUUCAAGACCAUACACUUCUUGUAAGUGGCACAGUCCUUACCCAUACCAGUCAAGGCCUACUGCCACUGCCACUAAUCAACACCUUACCUACCAUGCAAACCAGGCACCAGGACCCCUUGACCUGGAUCCACCAGGUUUCGCAGGUGUCAGGACAUAUCUAGGAGGCACAUAUGACUCCUUCGAAAGCCUGUGCAUGGCUCUUUAUACUUUAACCAUUGCCUUCAGCCCUUUGUGCAUUCUUGGGCUGCCAUCACCUUGGAGCUGUGAGUUCUCUCUAUAAUCGCCCAUGAUUACAGUAUUGAGUUUCAAAUUCUCCCUUGCAUCAUGGUACCAAAAGGGACAACCCCUUCCAUACCCCUUCUCAAGGAAAUCUCCUCAUUUUAGAAGGGAGCCCAUAGCACACACGCCAUCCAAUGCACCUGGUUUUUAUCCCAGGUAUUUUACAGUUCCUAAACAGGAUGGAAGCCUUUGUCCAAUUCUCGAUCUAAGUUCCCUCAACCAAUACAUUAAACCCAAACAUUUUAGAAUGGUCUCUCUGCAAACCAUUAUCCCGCUACUUUCUGAAGGCACUUGGUUCACAUCUGUAGACCUUAAGGAUACUUAUUUUCAUAUUCAAUUGAGGAGUCCCUCAGGCAUUUCCUCCAUCAGACAAUCUCAAAGUCUUUAUUGCUUCUGCUGGCCUACACCAGGGAACCCCUAUCUCCCCACUAACAUUUUCUAAUUGGAUAGUCCCCACUAUAUCCUGAUGUUCAAUCUAGAGAGGACUGCACUUUUGGCAGAGCUAUUUUCUCUUCUCUUCACUGAGCAACACCCUCCUCCUCAAGGUAAGCUUGCCAGUUGCCCACAUGUGCGGUGCAGAGAUCACAAAGAAUAAAGGCAGAUUUCCUUACCUGUCACUGUCAUUCUUUGAGUGCUCAUCUGUGCAUUCACACAUACCCGCCCGCCAUCCCCGCUUGUGUCUCAUGCUUAUUUUUGACACAGGGUGACACGUCUAUGAUUCAGACAUUAUUUCCAUGGUGGUCUCACAACUGAGGUCUCAGUGGGAGCCCCACCUUCACACUAGGUGUGUCUAUGGGCCAGCCUCCCAUCAGCUUUGAAAUCUCCCUGAAACAGCUCCAUGAAUGAGUGCAGAGCCCACAUGAGUGAAUGCACAGAUGACCACUUGAAAAACAACACUUACAGGUUAGGAAACCUGCCUUUCCUAGUCUCAUAAGAAAAAACAAGCGAGCAAAGAGACAGAUGCUAUAUAUUCCUCCUUCCUUGCAGAUUUCUUUCUUGCACUGUUGCAGAUUUUGAACUGAGAGGCAGGUGGGACUGCAUCUGGAGCAUGUGCAGAGCAUGGAGGCAGGGCUACCAGCCAAAGACUCUGUCUAGCUCUAGAAUGUCCUAGAUGCUCCAAAUUAUCAAGCGUGUAAUCUCAUGUGGGUUCACAAAGGACUACUCAAAGAGCUGCAGUUCCAGGUAAGCAACUUGUUCUUUGGAUGGACAUUAAAAGUAUUAUGUAAAAAUCUGUUCUACAUAUGUGCAUUGAAGGCCUUUGUCUGCUUUUCUGCCACAUUCCCACUGAGAAUCCAUCCACUACAAUUCUAUCAUGAGCGCAAUUGCAUUAUUUAAAGCGACACUGCUAUUCUGAGUUCCUAACGUAUAGCCUUUUGUAAAUUCAGGUCAGGUUGAUUGAAUACUCUUCAUUUGUUAGAAUGUUCAGUGGGACAUUUACUCAAAUCUCCUGAUAGCUUUCCGGUUCAAACUAUUAGUGUGUUUGGGGUUUUUUUUCCUUAUCAAUAAAUUGUGUUUCACAUCUACAAAGGUA